GAUUCUGCUCCUACUAUCGACAUCUGUUAUCGUGGCUCUUGCGCAGCUUUAGCAGUUUCAACUGUAAUAAGAGAUACAAGUGUUGCAGUGAUGGACUGCGACGGUAAUUCAACCAAACGAAAAUUGAACAAUUUUACACUGAAGCAGAAGAUUGACAUAUUGAACAACAUCAAAUGUGGGAACAAAUCGAGGUACGCCAUUUGCCAAGAAUAUAAUAUCGGUGAAAGUACCUUGAGAAAAUGGAUACACGAUGAAGACAAGUUGAGGGAAUUUUGGAGCAAGAAUAACACGUGUUCAAGCCAUAAAAAAAUACGCACCGAAGAUAACCCGCAUUUGGGAGAGGCAUUAUUCAUUUGGUACAAUGAAAAUAGGAUAUUAGGAAUUCCUAUUACUGGGCCUGUUUUGAAAGCAAAAGCCCGAAUCGUGAACAGACUAUUGGAUGGUAAAAAGAAGUUUUCGGCGAGCAAUGGAUGGUUAAGUAAGUGGAAGAAACGAUACAGCAUUCGAGAGUUGUCGAUAAGUGGAGAAAAGAAACCGUCAGACGCGAACGUAGUUGAACAAUAUAUAACCGAACUAUCGGAGAUAAUAAACAGAAAAUCGUUAUCAAGAUGCCAGAUAUUCAACUGUGACGAGACCAUUUUAAAUUAUAGAAUGCUGCCGGAUCGAAUAAUCGCGGAAAAAAUUGAGGAACAGCAAUGGUUGGAAAAAAUCAACAAUGAACAUGUGACGGUUAUGGCUUGCAGUAAUUCCGACGGCAGUUUAAAGCUGCCGCUGGCGGUGAUUGGAAGAUCGGAAAAACCGAGCUCUCUCAAAAAUAUCCAGUCGAGUAAUCUCCCGGUAUUUUAUGCAAGCCAGCAAAAGGCCAGGUUGAAUCGUAAGAUUUUCAACGAAUGGUUCGAAAAAGAAUUCGUCACUCGUGUAGCCGGAUUUUUAACGGAAAGAAACUUACCGAUGACAGCGAUACUGAUCGUCGAUAACGCGUCUUCCCAUUUGGCCAUCAAAGCAUCCUUCGGCGAUAUAAAAACACAUUUUCUGCCGGUAAGUGCGGCUGCUACUUCACUCUUGCAGCCGAUGGAACAGGGAAUUUUUCAGACCCUAAAAAUCCACUUCAAGCAUGCACUGGUUACUUCCGUCCUCAAUGCUCGGGAGGAUGGAAUAGAUGUGAUCAGAUAUUUGAGGUCAGUCAAUUUACGCGAGGUCAUUCACUGGGUCAAUGACGCGUGGGAAGAAAUCCGUCCAAGUAGCAUCAGUAGGUGCUGGGAAAAACUCCUGCCGGUAAUUCGGGAGAAUCAAAAUGUGCGGAACGCUUCAUCCCAGACGAUAACUUCAUCCGAAAUUCUCUGCGCUCUGCACCGAAUUGAUGAGUUCAAAAAUUUGACUGAGAAUCAAGUCGAUGAAUGGAUUGCUUAUGAGAAUACGGAAGCUACAUCAUCGACAAUAAUGACCGACGAUGAAAUCAUUCAGAUGGUUUUAUGCCAGCGAAACGAGGAUGAAACUAACGAUGAGGAAAUUAACUGUGAAGAUGAAAACGAAGUCACGGGUACCGAUACAAUCAACGCCAUAAAUCGAGUGAUACACUACUUUAAGAAAUCGAACUGUAUUACCGGGCUAGAAAUGUGCAAUUUAUACAGACUGAAGGGAAGAGCUCUGACAAUAAAAAUGAAAUCGUAGUUCCGCGAUGUGUAUAAUUUAUUCUUUGUUUAAGUUAUGUUGUUGAUCGUCAUAAAGCUUUAUACAGAUUUGAUAAUUCAAAACCGAAAAGAAAACAGUAACAAUAAUUCAUCGAUUACAUUCAUUUAUAGUCAUUCCAUAUUUUUCGUACAUUUAUGGUCGUUGGAAUUAUUUAGAACUAU